GGCAAAGGGGCGGGAAAAGGCCGGGAGAAAAAGGGCGAAGGGAGUAGGAGAGGGAGGACUACGACCAUAGGGAGCCUGCGCCCCGAGCGCGGCCUAGGGGGGCGUGGAGGCAGAGCCUCGACCUGGCCAUGCGCGGCAUCGGCCACGCGGGGCGGCGAGGGACGCGCGCGCUCGGGCGCGUGGGAGGGGGAGGCUGGGCUGAGGGAGGCGGGAUCGGUAGGCGAGCUUCCCCGGGCCACUGUCCAUUCCUCGGGGCAACCCUACUGCUGGGAGCCCCGGUCCGUGUCCGGGCGGCGGCGGCGGUGGGCCGCCAGGGCUCCCAGCUUGUUCCCGCAGCCCAGGCAGCCCGCCCCUGGGCCGGGGUCGCCCUUGCGCGGGUUCUUGGGGCCCGGGCCACGGAUAACCUGUUGGUCCCGCGUUAAACUUGCAGGUGCUCAUGGCGUCCGAUCGGCUGCGCAAGGUCAAGUACCAAGGGGGCAGUGGCUCCUACCCCAGCAAGCGCAGCUGCCGGGAGCGCGAGGCCGCCGCCGCCGCCGCUUCCUCCUCCCCCUCCUCCUCCUCCUCCUCCUCCUUCUCUUCUUCCUCCUCCCUUUCUUCCUUCUCCUCUUCCUCCUCCUCCUCCCCUUCCUCCUCCCCUUCUUCCUCCUCCUCCAGGACUUCCCCAGCCGCUUUGGACGCCAAACCUCCCCCUCCUCCCGGCUCCAGCCGGCAAGGCAAGGGCAAGCCUCCCCCCGGGAGAGGGUCCCGCGUCAAGGAAAAAGUGACCCCCAAAUAUAUACCUGGCUGGAAGUCCUGCGACCCUCUUGGCCAAUCCAACUCUUCUGAUUCCUCAGGUGCAGGUGGGGCUAGCGGCCGCCCCCUGCCAGGCGAGAGGACCGAGAGCCUCCCCACUCCCCUACCUGGCGGCCCCUGCGUCCAAGAAAUGUGCACCUUACGGCGCGGAGCUUCCCAGCGCAGGGUUGAUCCCAAGAAUGAAUCCUAUAGCUCUGAGCUUGCAGCUGAAGUCCCGAGUCAUAAUAAUUCUGUGGAGGAAGCAGGGGGAACCCAGAAGACAAGGAGGAGAGUCAAAGACCAGGGGUCCACAGUGAUUUACCUGAAGGCCCUCCAGGGCAUUUUGGGGAAAUCCAUACCAAGAAAGAAGAAGAAAGAAGCUGUGGAGCCAGAGCAAAACCAAGAUGCCAGCCCCAGAAGCGGAGAAGGACCUGGCAAGAAGAGCAGUGGGGUUUCCCUUCCAGUUAAGGAAAAGCAGCUUCACCUGUCAGAAAGCACCCGGGAGGAAGAUGAAGCUGCCAGAGGGAGUCUCGGUAGCAUCACGACAAUUAAGGACUCUGAAAGCACCUCAGGUGAAAAGCCACCUGGGAACCUGAGGACAGUUGCAGAAAAAAGCAGAGAGUCCCACUCAGAAGAACAGAGGCCUAAAGAGAGGGAGGUGGUGAUAGAAAAUCCUUCUUCAGAAAGUGACUGGUCAGAUAUGGAAGAUAUUCCCACCAUUGGGUUCUCCCAAGAGGAUUCUGUUUCUUUGAACAUCUCUGUAGUUUCAGAACCUUCAUCUUCCAGUACUGAUUAUGUCAUGUACCCAGCUCACUUGUAUGGCAGCCCCUGGUGUGACUAUGCUAGUUACUGGGCUGGCAGCCCCAAGCCUUUCUGUUAUCCCACCACCAACAGUAUUGAUGAUGGUUUGAACGUAAUGGGAAGAAAUAAGAGCCAGCUCAGUGAUUGCUCUGCUGAGAUUGCGAACAGCAACUGUAGGAAUGCUGCUGAGGACGGGGAAGUGGUGGAAGGGAGACUCCAAGAGUCCUCUCAGACAUGGGAACAAGAAAAGGUGGGGGAGAAAAGGACAUUCCGUGAAGAGGCGCCUGGCUUUUCUCGAGAGCACACGUCCGACUCCUCCUACCAGGGAGGCUGGGGGAGCCAAGGUUCUGUGGGCUUCAUCGACACCCACUGUCACUUGGACAUGCUUUAUUCCAGGUUGUCAUUCCAAGGAACUUUUUCAAAAUUUAGAAAGAUUUAUAGCAGCUCCUUCCCAAAAGAAUUUCAAGGUUGCAUAGCUGACUUCUGUGACCCUCGUACCCUCACGGAUUACCUGUGGGAGGAUCUGUUGAAAGAGGACCUUGUCUGGGGGGCCUUUGGUUGUCACCCUCAUUUUUCCCGAUACUACAAUGAACGUCAAGAAAGAAAUCUCCUUCAGGCCUUGAGGCAUCCCAAGGCUGUUGCAUUUGGAGAAAUGGGACUGGAUUAUUCUUAUAAAUGUACUUCUCCUGUCUCAGAUCAGCGAAAGGUAUUUGAAAGGCAAUUGCAAUUGGCUGUGGCUUUGAAGAAACCCUUAGUGAUACACUGCCGAGAAGCAGAUGAAGAUUUACUCUCGAUUAUGAAGAAAUUUGUGCCUGUUGAUUAUAAAAUCCAUAGGCACUGCUUCACUGGUAGCUAUUCUGUCAUUGAGCCCCUGCUGAAGCACUUUCCCAACCUCUCCGUGGGAUUCACGGCGCUUGUCACCUAUUCUUCUGCCUGGGAAGUCAGGGAAACAUUGAAACAGAUCCCUUUGGAGAGGGUCAUCGUGGAAACGGACGCUCCCUACUUCCUCCCUCGGCAGGUCCCCAAGAGCCUUUGCCAGUAUGCCCACCCAGGUCUGGCCCUUCACACAGUUCGAGAGAUUGCUAAGGUCAGAGGUGAGCCACUCUCCCAGACCUUGGCCACCUUGCGACAGAAUACCAGCCGCCUUUACAGCCUUUAAGAGAAGGCAGGGGACCUUAGGGUUCCAGCAGUCUGCCCCAAAUUGUAUUUUCUAAAGUUCUGUCUGCAUUUUUCCCAGUACAGAGAAUGUAAACAUAGGAGAUUACCCUUUAAGCCAGAUUUGCCUUGAGGUGAACUUUGUGGCUCACAGCCUUUCUCCUCCUCCCCUCACACUUUCAGGGAGACCCGGCCACAGGGCCCUGCAUCGCCCAGUGUGCUUGGACUGUGACAGGGCUGUCUGGGAAGCCUGGUGGGUGCUGUGUCGGGGGAGGGGGCUUUUCUUAGCAGAUUCACGGCUGGAGUUGUCAGGGUAAACAGGAAGCUGGCUUGCUAGCUGGCAUGCCCUGGGGGGAGGGGAGCCUGCACCUGCCGGGGCAGAGAAGGUCGGGAUGGAUCUCUCCGCACUGUAGUCUGUGGUUAAGCAGCAUGAAGUUUUUCAAUAAAGUCACCUUCGUAAUCAGG